CAUGUUUUACAACCCAUGGUCAGUGAGGACAUAUUGAACCAUCUGCAUCCCUUCUGUGUGUUCCACUGGAGAACCACUUUACAAGGUGAAUGGACAGUACAGGACCAGAAAAGGAGCUUUGGCACUGACUCCAGGUUCAGUGUGGCUGCACUGUAUGAUGGGAAAGACAACAAGAAGCUCCCGUGUCAGAUUCCUGGGGCUCCUGCUGUAGCUCCACAUCCAAAUCAGAGGUUCUUAACUUUAAAGAAAAGGGGAAUCCUGAGGAAUUACUUAUGUAGGUCUCAGAAUGAACACAGCGAUGGAGAAGAUGAUGGGCAAGUGGGAGAGCCUCAUAUGACAGACUCUGAAAAUGAAGAUAUCCCAAGGCAAAAGGACAGUGAUUCAGAUAAUGAGGAGCCUCCAAAUCACAAUGUGAGCGAUUCAGACAAUGAAGCAGCUCACGGAGGGAAGGACAGUGAUUCUGACACUGAGGACCAUCCAAACCGGCCUUUAAGUGACUCUGAAAACGAGGAGGCCUUAAAUCACCGAGCAAGUGACUCUGAUAAUGGAGACCCUCCCAGGGAUCCCAGCAGUGACUUUGAAAACGAGGAAUCCCACAAGCAGCCGGGCAGCGACUCGGAGAGCGAGGAGCUCCAGAAGCAGCCGGGCAGCGACUCGGAGAGCGAGGAGCUCCGCAAGCGGCCGGGCAGCGACUCGGAGAGCGAGGACGUGGCCAGGCACAAACAGAUGGAGUCUGAGGAGAGCGAUGGGGAGGACAGGAAGGAGGAGGUGCAGAAUGACUCUCAUCAUUCGGAUAAUGAACAUGUAAGGGAAGGAUUUCAGGGCUCUGACAGUGAAGACGAAGCUCCUAAGAGACGUAAAAUAUCGGACAGUGAUGAAGAUGAGAAAGAGGAGGAGAAGACAGUGAAGAGGAAAACAGCCAUACUUUCUGACAGCGAGGAUGAGAGCGAGAAAACACCUGCAAAAAAGGUACGAAUCCUUUCUGAUGUGGAAGAAUCAGAUAGUGAUGCUGCUUCGGAGAAGUCUGACAAAAGGAAGAAAAACAUUGUAUCGGAUAGUGAGGAGGAGGAAGAAGAAGAAGAAGAAAGAAAAGAAAAUGCUGGGAAGAAGAAAGAAGAGAAGGAUCUGUUUGGCAGUGACAGUGAAUCUGGAAAUGAACAAGAGAACCUGAUUGCAGAUAUAUUUGGAGAAUCUGGUGAUGAGGAAGAGGAGGAAUUUACAGGUUUUAACCAGGAGGAUUUGGAGGAAGAGAAGGGUGAUGGAGACAUGAAGGAGACAGCAGAUGAAUCAGACUCUGAUGACAACAUCAAAAGAGGGAAGCACAUGGACUUCAUGUCAGAUUUUGACAUGAUGCUCCAACGGAAGAAGAGUAUGAGCGGCAAGCGCCGGCGGAACCGCGACGGUGGGACGUUCAUCAGCGAUGCAGAUGAUGUGGUCAGUGCCAUGAUUGUCAAAAUGAAUGAAGCUGCUGAGGAGGAUCGACAGCUGAAUACACAAAAGAAACCAGCACUAAAGAAAUUAACUUUGCUACCAACUGUAGUUAUGCAUCUUAAAAAGCAGGACCUCAAAGAAACUUUCAUCGAUAGUGGUGUUAUGUCUGCCAUCAAAGAGUGGCUUUCUCCUCUUCCAGACCGAAGUCUGCCAGCACUAAAGAUACGGGAGGAGCUUCUGAAGAUCCUGCAAGAGCUGCCCAGUGUGAGCCAAGAGACCCUGAAGCACAGUGGGAUUGGACGGGCUGUGAUGUAUCUCUACAAACACCCCAAAGAGUCGAGACCAAACAAGGACAUGGCAGGGAAGCUGAUCAAUGAAUGGUCUCGACCCAUCUUUGGCCUUACCUCAAACUACAAAGGCAUGACCAGAGAAGAGAGGGAACAGAGAGAUUUGGAACAGAUGCCCCAUCGAAGGAAAUUGAGCAGCUCUGGUGGGCAGACUCCCCGCAGAGACCUGGAGAAAGUGUUAACUGGAGAGGAAAAGGCUCUGAGGCCUGGGGAUCCCGGGUUCUGUGCCCGUGCGAGGGUGCCCAUGCCCUCCAACAAGGACUAUGUGGUCAGGCCAAAGUGGAACGUGGAGAUGGAGUCCUCCAGGCCCGGGACUAUUAAGAGAGGUAUUAGUCGCUUGGAAAAGCACAAGAGACGGUUUGCUGAACAGAAACGACUCAGCAAAGUGCAUCGGGCCAUCAAGUUCAGCAUUGAAGGCAACAGGAUGCCCCUGUAGCCAUGCCACUGCCUUCCCAAGUUGGAGAGGUAUCCCUCGAGGGAGGUGUGAACAGUGCAUGUGCUUCAGCUGUUGGCAGUUUGCACAUGCAGGACAGCAGUGUGUACACCCUAACCUAAACCUGGAAAACUCUCCUUGUAUUCUCUCGUGUCUGUACUGUGACCUACAAGGCGACUUGUACAGGAGAAAACAGGCUGUAGCACAUAACACCUGCCAUGGCACCUGCCUGCACAGCGUCAGGGUACCCAAAGGACAGGUGUCCAGUGAAAAUACCUGUGCUCAGCACCAGCUUUGCACCACCUGUGGUUUUAAGUGCUGUUCUGACACAACUGGGUUUUCCAGGUUUACCUGAACCGACACAUGGGAAUUCUUAGCCCUUGGUACAGAACCUCGUGUCACUGCACACCAACAUCUGUGGCUGAUCUUUGAGGGGGGCACAGGGAGGUGUUCUUCACACCUCUUUCAAGGAAGUAGAGUGAUGUGAUAGUGUGAAGAGACUUUAGGAGUGGUUGAUGGGAGGCAGAGAAUGAGACCGGGGGAGAAAAAACACCCCAUUGUGAGUGUGGGGUGGGAGAACAUGCAUCAGUGUGGGAAUUGUUUUGACAAUUCCUGGUCUGCAUUUCAGUGCUUUGAGCAGGGCUGCCACAAGCUGACAGUGACAGGAAGAGAUGAGCACAAGUGAUAGAUAACUGUUGAGUUUAAGCUUCAUAUUUAUUUGUUUUAAAAAAAAUAUUUUCUUAAAAAUCACUGUGAAACUUCAGCUAUAAUUUCAAUGAGUAGUGAACAGUUUUAUGAAUAAAGUUUAUUUAAAAUCAGUGUGUCAGGGGCACCUUCCUCAGCAAUGGGAACAAGUUUCUAAUGGAUGUGUUUUGUCAGAUACUAUGUAGCAUGUUUUGGAUAUCUCUGUUUCUCCUAAACUUAAAGGUGUGGCAUUUUCAUUGUUUAUUAUUUCUGUUGUCUAGUUAGGGGAAAUUGCCUCCUAGGAAGUAUGGGCUAUGGCUUGGAAGGUCCUUGCUGUUUGUCUUCAGUGAUGUUUUGUUACAGCAUCACUGUGUUUAAUCUGGGCAGAAUAACUGCUGCACUGCCUGCUUUUCACUUGCAGUUCAAAUACAGAGAUGAGAUGCAAUAACUUCUGAGAGCUUGUAUGGUCAGCUUAGCAUUUCUCUGGCUUCUCCCUACACACUUCUCCCAGUAAUCUCUUGCUUUAUAAGGACUAAUCCAUGACCUUUAAAAUAAAUGGCAGUUUGGAAAUGCCGUGUCAGCCUCAGUCACAGUGUAUCCAUGUCUGAACUCCCCCAGGGAGCCCUUUUGGGUGACACUGGUGCACUGUGGUUCUGACACCUCCAGCCAGUAGAGAAAAAACUUGCAAACUGUACCCAGCAAACAGGGUGAUGGCCGAGUGCCUCUGCCUCCACCCGGGCGUGCAGAUCCUGGGGAAGCCUUUCCCCACUCUGGGGAAGGACAGAGACACCAGCCAGGCCCAGGGGUGACCUCGCAUGCGCCGCUUGCCUUGGACCUCUGGGACGUCUGCUUUUUUUUCAGUGGUAAUUAUUAGUUUUAUUUUUUAAGUUCCAGGGGACCUCUAAGAAAGGGGUGAGUCGACUGGACAAACAGAUGCGGAAAUUCACAGAUAUCAGGAAAAAAAGCAGAUCGGCCCAUGCAGUGAAAAUCAGCAUUGAGGGUAAUAAGAUGCCAUUGUGACCCUUCACAGAAUACCCCAUGAGCUCUGCUGUAAGACAGUGCACCCACAGACUCUUUGGAGACCUUUAAAUUUUUUUACAACUUGUUUGGGGUUUUUUUUAAGUGAGUCUUUGAAUUGUUGGUUCAGGUUCUGGUAGAAGAUGUUGUCUGAGGACUGUGAAUAUGAAGACUUCUUUCUCCUGAUAGUAUUUAACUGGCCCUAUCAUGUCCUUUGUACAGAUCAUGUAUUUGUUGUAUUGCAACACUUCAGACAAUAAAACAUCUGUUUUUUUGG